AUGAGCAGCAUGCAACAUAAUCCUGUACAAAAUAUUUCAUUCACAACCUUUAAACUGAAUGGUUUCCAUGAUUUGGGCGAAUGGCGCCCCAUUCUAUUCAUUCCCUAUCUUCUAAUGUUUUUAUUGUCUACCACUUCAAACUCCAUUCUAAUAUUUUUAAUUAUAUCUCAAAGAGCUCUGCAUUCCCCAAUGUUUGUAUUAAUUGGUCUAAUGGCUGUGGUGGACCUGUGUUGGCCAGUAGUUUUUGUGCCAAAUAUGCUGUUUAGCUUUUUAUUUAACUGGAAUGGGAUUUCACUUUUGGGCUGUUUGAUACAAAUGUUUUGUCUUCAUUAUGUUGGCACAUUUCAGUCUACAUUACUGCUGUGGAUGGCUCUGGAUCGUUUCUUUGCUAUAUGCAGGCCUCUUUAUUAUCACAAAUAUAUGCAAAUGCCCAACUUUCUAAAGUUUAUUAUUGUGCCAGUAAUCAGGAAUGUAAUAUUAAUUACUACAAUGGUUUCUUUGGCUGGAAAAUUGCAAUUUUGUAUUACAAAUGAAAUAGAUCACUGUUUUUGUGAACACAUGGCGUUGGUUCAGUUGGCAUGUGGAGAUAUUUCUGUGAACAACUUGAUAGGACUUUUGACUGCUUUUCUAGUACCAACUGGAGAUUUUGUUUUUAUUACUGUGUCUUAUAUAAUAAUCUUUGCCUCUGUCAUAAAAUCAGGGAAGUCCCACUUGAAGGCUAUUAACACUUGUGUUACACAUAUAAUUGUUAUCACAAGUAGUUUGGCAUUUGCCUUGAUGGCUUUUUUGUCAUACAGAAUAAGAAAUAAUUUUUCUCCCAACAGCCGCAUUUUUAUAAGUACGAUGUAUGUACUUUUUUCAAGCUGCUUCAACCCAAUUAUCUAUGGAAUAAGAACAAAAGAAAUAAGAGAACAUUUUCUGAAAUUUGUGAAUCAUGUGAAAACUGUACCACAGUAA